AUGCCCGCUGUGCCUCCGAAGACAGAGGCAAAGGCGAAGGCGCUGAAGGCCAAGAAGGCCGUCCUGAAGGGGGUCCACAGUCACAAGAAGAAGAAGAUCCGCACGUCACCCACCUUCCGCAGGCCCAAGACCCUGCGGCUGCGGCGGGCGCCAAGACCUGCCCCACGGAGAAACAAGCUGGACCAUUAUGCCAUUAUCAAGUUCCCUUUGACCACAGAGUCUGCCAUGAAGAAGAUAGAAGAUAACAACACUCUGGUUUUCAUUGUGGAUGUCAAGGCAAACAAGCACCAGAUCAAGCAGGCUGUCAAGAAGCUUUAUGAUAUUGAUGUGGCCAAGGUCAACACAUUGAUUAGGCCUGAUGGAGAGAAGAAGGCUUACGUCCGACUGGCUCCAGAUUACGAUGCGCUGGAUGUAGCCAACAAGAUUGGAAUCAUCUAAACUGCAUCUACCAAGGACUGUACAGACAGAAGAAUAAACCCUUGUGACACCA